UUGUACAGUGAUGUAUGCGUAGCAUGCGAAGGUGGGCAAGAGACGUGUACAAAAACAAACAGAAUCUCUACCUUUUUUCUACCGAUAAUACACGCAUGAUAGUUAUUCUAUUAUUAGGAGAUGGACUAUACAAGGAUUGAGAAACUGUACAGAGUUAUGGGACACCGGGACGCAAUCGGACCCUACUAAUUCUACCGUGCUACUUGGCCUUCCGUUUGUUUGGAGUUCUUGUUGAGUUUAAUCCUCUCUGAAAACCAAUAUCUAUUAACUAUAGUGAUCGUAUUAUUUCGUUGCGUUGCGCUGAUGUAAAUGGCUACAGCUGUGGAGAAUGGAAAGUCUGAAUCGGACGAAAGAGAUGGCAGCCGUGCAGACUUGAUCGUUAAUCAGACUAGCGAAGAUGUUCCCAGAAGAGGUAAAAGCACUUCUGCUAUGAUGAAACUGCGACGGCGGAUUUCUCAAAGCCUUCGUUUAUCAUUUGUCAAAGAUGACGACGAUGUUUUUCACGAGAAAGACUCAAAAACAGAAAAGGAAGUCAAAUCACAGCAGUCCAGUCCACGGUCGUCAUCCUACUCGCACACCCCACCACUUAAGCGACCUCCUGUGAGACGCACAGUGUCAGAUACUAUAGGAGGCCGUCUUAGAAAAAUCAGUGGUUUUCUAGGUGACAGUCGUCGGUUAUCGGACGAGUUUGUUAAAGAGGAUCUACCUAUCCCACCGCUGUCUCCGUCUUACGGACGUCUUGAGUCGUACCAGAAGCUUGAGCCUCUCGGAGAGGGUUCUUAUGCGACCGUCUUCAAGGGGUUAUGCACCGCCAACAAGAAAAUAGUGGCUUUAAAACAGAUCCGACUACAAGAGGAAGAGGGCGCGCCAUUCACAGCCAUCAGGGAAGCAUCAUUACUUAAGCAACUAAAGCACGGUAACAUCGUCAAGCUUCACGACAUUAUCCACACUAAAGACACCCUCAUGUUCGUGUUUGAGUUCCUGGAUACGGAUUUGAACUGCUAUCUGGAGAAAUAUUCGCGCGGGAUUUGUCCACACAAUACACAGUUGUUUUGCUUCCAGUUAUUACGAGGUCUUGCUUACAUCCAUGACAGAAAGAUACUUCACAGAGAUAUCAAGCCCCAAAACCUGUUGAUUAGUGAACGAGGGGAAUUGAAAUUAGCAGACUUCGGGUUGGCGAGAGCAAAGUCUGUCCCAAGCCGGACGUACUCACACGAAGUGGUGACUUUAUGGUACAGACCUCCCGAUGUGUUACUUGGCUCCAAGAAUUACACUACUUCCCUGGAUAUAUGGGGCGCCGGGUGUAUAUUUGUAGAGAUGUUGACCGGCAUUGCCCUCUUUCCCGGCCUGAAUGGUCACAUCGAUCAACUAAACAAGAUAUGGCAAGUGCUUGGUACCCCAACGGACGAGACUUGGCCCGGUGUCAGUAAACUUCCUGAAUACGAUCCCGAUAUCUUCAUCAACUUUCGCCCUCGCAGAAUCGGUCAGUGCAUACCCAGGCUAGUGCCUAUAGAAGGAGCAGAGCAGCUAGUUGCACGAAUGAUUCAGUUGGACCCAAAGAACCGUAUAUCGGCGAGAGAAGCCAUGCGAAGCACUUAUUUUAGCAAUCUUCCAAAAGAAAUCUAUACAAUAAGAGAUGAGGACACUAUUUAUUCCGUGAGCGGUGUUGAAAUACAAAAAGAACCAACAUAAGUUUCACAGAUAAUAUAUAAUUAAAUCGAAGAUCGUUUGGCCUACCCGGACGAUAGAGUUUGUGAAAAUUACAGAAAAGUCAGCUUGUCAGAUAAGAAUGGAUGUAUUCUAAUUUAUAGAGGACUUUUGUACAUAUGCGCGUCAUUUUUAGUGAAUAUACCAUAAGCUGACUAAUACCAUAAUUUGAGAUUUAAUAAAACACUUUGUACUGUG